AUGACGAUGGCAUCUCCCGCAAGACCAGCCCCGGAAGAGCUGGUCACAGUCAUCAUCACAACCUCUCCCACGCCUUCUGCGCCAUCCACCGAGCUCUUGGAGCAGAUUGCCGCCUCUUUCAGAAAGCACUGCGCCUCUCUCAUUCACUGCCGUGUCAUUGUCGUCCUCGACACCUACGAUCACGUCAGUAAGAAGCCGCGACUGAAAAAGGGCCAUGUCACACCUGACAGCGCGGCAAAGUAUGCCGACUACAAGGCCAACGCCAAGAGGCUCAUUCUCAAGGAGUACUCCUCUACCGAACGGCCCUACGGCACUGGGGAUUUGGUCAAGGCGCAGGAGAAGGCCGAGUUUGGGUCCGGGGCGGCAGCUUAUGCGUCGCAGGACAAUGCGGUGGUGAUGAACAUCACGACAACCAAAGACGGGCGCGUCACGUUUGUUGAGCCGGUGCAGCGGUUGGGAUUUGGGCUGGCGGUUCGGUCGGCGUUGAGGAUGACGGUUACGCCGUAUGUCUGGAUUCAGCAGCAUGACUGGGCGCUGGUGACGGACAUUCCUCUUGGGCCGCUGUUGCAGAUCAUGCAGCAGCACAAGGCCCCGCCUUCAGCAGAGCAGGAGGACAAAGAGAAUAACGAAAUAUUGCCGGAAGCUGUUCGACCUCCGGUUGAAUAUGUCUGCUUCCCGUCGAUACGGAUGAUGGAGUACGCCACCUCAGACCACGUCAUGCUCUACCCUGCUCUUCGCGCGUUGACCCAGCUUCACAAACAAAACUUUACCGUUCAGUCGGAGUCGGAGGACGGGACAGCCGUCAUCUCGAGGGUUCCUCUCACGCCUCUGUUUCUCUGGCACGACAAGCCACACCUAGCCUCCACCAGCCACUACCUCAACCAAGUCUUUUACAGCCGAAUCGCCAUCCAGAGGGGCGCCUUCAUCGAGGACACCGUCGGUCAUCUGGCAAGGGACGAGAUGAAGCAAGGAAAAUGGAACAAGUGGGCUUGUUGGCUGUAUUACCCGGACGAAGGGAAGCAUCUGUGUCUCCGGCACCUCAAAGGGAGGACAUGGCGGGGUAUCGAGGCCGAACUAGCGGCCAAGCUGGAGUACAUGCGGUUGAACGGCUUGGACGUCAACGUACAAGUGCCCAAUUGA